GGAGGUGACGCCCCGCCCCUCCCUCCUCGACCGAGAAGGGCCGAGGCGGUGGCGCCGCCAUUUUGCGCUGAAGCUGCCUCAGGAUGGAGUCGAGACCCGAACCGGAGCUGCCCGCCGCCCCCCGAGCCUUCAGACUCACCGCCCCGCCACGGAGCGCCGCUCCACACACCCCUCCGCACCGCUGGCAGCGCUGAACGGCCUCAUGGAGCACAGCGGACGCGAACGCGCCGGCCCCGGCUUGGGAUGGGCCCGACUGGGCCUGGCCGGGGCCUGGCCGAAGCUGGCGGGGCCCAGCGCGGCGCCCGCCGGCGGCUCGUCCCAGGCGAGCUCGCCCUUCUCAUGGCUGCGCGUGGUGUCGCAGCUGCUGUCGCCGCUUCCCGCCCUCCUGCAGCGGCUGCUGCCCGGCGCCGCGCUGAGCUCCGCGCUCUGCCCCGCCAAGGCGCCGCCACCGCUGGUGCUGCUGCCCAGGGCGGACACCUCGCUGGACUGGACCGAGGAGAAGCUCCCGGAGAAGCGGCCGGAGGGCGGCUCGGAACCCGCGGGGCUGUGGGGAGCUGGGCUGGUAAGGAACAGCCUGGGGGCCCUUCCCGUGGAUUGGUACGUGCUGGGUUUGGAGCAGGGCAAGAGCCACCUGCCGCAGCCGCUGCGAGCCGAGGGCCUGCCCGAGGUUGAAUUCCUGCGCAGCAAGCGCCUGGCGUUCCUCCAGCGCUGGCAUCUGCCCGUGCCCGACCCCGACCACGGCUACCACAGCCUGGAGGAGGAGCAGCAGCAGCAGCACAGAGGUGUCUGCAGGGAAAUUGGGGAUUUAGAGCAGCCCGAGGAUGCGGGGAGACAGCCCGGAGGUGUCCCCGAGGGGCAGGAGGGGCUCCGGGACGCGGCCGAGGUGGGAGAAGCCUUGGCUGAAGAGGAACGUGAGGACUCGGAAACAGAGCGAGACUUCCCAAUUUCCACCAGACCUGCCUGUGCGAAUAAAUUAAUCGAUUAUAUCAUCGGGGGAGUAUCCAGCGGGGAGGAGAGUGAGGGUGAGGAAGACUGGGACGAUGGUGAUGAUGAUGAUGAUGAAGAUGAUGAUGACGGGUUUGACAGCGAAGAGCUGCCCUCGGACUCAGACGGCGGCAGCCAGGACGGGGAGAGGCUUCAUCUGUGGAAUUCCUUCUACAGCUUGGAUCCCUACAACCCUCAGAACUUCACAGCCACCAUCCAGACGUCUUCCAGCGAGCCGGGAAAGGGAAUGUCGGACCUGGAGGAGGAGGAGGAGGAGGAGGAGGAAGACUCGUGGGCAGAGUCCUCCGAGGGCUCGCCGAGUUCCGAGGAGGACGAGUGGGACUGUGACAGCGUGGAUGAGGCGGAGAACUUGAAACUUUGGAACUCGUUCUGUAGCUCGGACGAUCCCUACAACCCUUUAAAUUUCACGGCGGCCUUUCAGACAGCGGAGAAAAAAGGGACGCCGGGUUUCCAGGGGACAGAGAGGGCGACUUGUGUCACCUCGGAGCGUUUCAGCCUGUGUAGGGUACAGCUGGAAAAACACAACUGCGGGAGCACUGAAUUGGGGCAGGGCAGGGAGAAAACCGCCAGUUCCAAGAGGAAAAAGGUGACAUUCCAGGAGGAGGUGACAGAGUACUACAUCAGCAGCGAGGAGGACCGCAGGGGUCCCUGGGAGGAGCUGGCUCGGGACGGCUGCCGCUUCCAGCGCCGCAUCCAGGAGACCGAGGAGGCCAUCGGCUUCUGCCUGAGCCCUGAGCACAGGCUGAGGGUAUUCCAGAGGCUCCAGCAGCCCCAUUCCCACAGGACUGACCCCUUCUAGAACCUUCCACCUCCUGCAAUUCGCCUCACCCUUCAGUUGGUGACAUCUCCAUCACAAGUGGCAGCUGCAUGUGCUGGAAUGGGGAGAAAAAUGGGAUUUUUUUUGGGGUUUGUUUUCCAUUUUUUUUUUUUUUCCUCAGUUUGAUAUUCAACAAAUUCUCAUUUUGAUAUUGAGAUAAAAACCCCCCUGGAGAUCCCCCAGAAGGGUGAGAGCUCUAAUUGCAUUCCUGUUAAUUAGCACUUGACACACACACAACCCAGACUGCUUGGGGUUCAACCCAUUCCCAAAAAAUGCCUUUUCCUGCCAUACCUUGGGAAGUGUGGCGACUCUCCCCUUGGAUUUUUGCACUUUUGGAAAAAAAAAAAAAACCACAAAAAAAAAAGAAUAUUUUGAAGGAAAUAUUUAUGGGGUUCAUUCCCUGGAAUUGCAGUUUUGAUUUAAAAUUCCCUGAGGGAUUUUUUUUUUUGGUGUGUUUCUCCAUUUUUUUUCCAGCUUUUUCAAAAACCUCAUUUUUAAAAAAUCCUUUCUUUUAAAGGAUUUUUUCCCCAUUUUUUUUUUUUGCUUGGAAUAAUCCAAUAUUUGGGUAUUUUGAGGUUUAAAUAUUCCAGCCAAGCUUUGCUCUGAUUGAUUUCAAUAAUUCCCUUUUCCAGGGCCUGCAAGGAAAUUCCUCCUCCCAAUUAAUAAUUAAAACUUAAUGAGGCUGUGGAUGAUGCUUGAAUUUAGGGAGGAAAAUUCCUGAAUUAUUUAAUUCAUCUUUGCUGUAAUUCUGCUUUGGGAGAGGGAUUGAAGUGAAUUUUUAUAUCCAAUCUCUUUUAUCCUGAUAAUUUUCUUGGAUUUAAGGAAAUUUUCUUGGAUUUAAGGAAAUUUAAAGGGCAAAAAAUUUCUUUGUUUUCUAUCCCCAAAAAAAAUCAGUAUUAACUCUUUGUGUCUGCACUGGGCUCACCAAAAAACAUUUCAGUGAGAGGACAAAACUCUUUAUUUAUCUUCUUAAUUUAAAAUAUGACAUUAUUUAAUCAAAAUCCUUGAGGGAAAAAAGAACUUUGGAGCUGGAGGUUGGUGUGGGAAUUUUCCAAGCAGGGAAAAUAAAAAUGGAAAAAAUUCCAAUGUUUGCACAAAGCUGGGUCAAUAAAUCAAUUAUUUGUUCA